AUGAAUGCGCAAUGUUACCUCACCAGAGUGGAAUCAUUCUCAGCUUGCCAUCGCCUUCAUUCUGUUCAUCUUAAUAAUGAAGAAAAUGUCGAAAUUUUUCAAAAAUGUAACAAUCCAAUGGGACAUGGUCACAAUUACAAAUUGGAAGUUACCAUUCGAGGACCUAUUGACCAAAGAACAGGUAUGGUUAUAAAUAUUGCUGACUUAAAGUUGAUUCUUAAAAAAAAUGUUCUCGAUUUGUUGGAUCAUAAAAAUAUCGAUGAAGAUGUUGAAUAUUUUAAGAGAAAUAAUAUUGUAUCAACUACAGAGAACUUAGCUGUUUUCAUCUGGUCACAGUUAGCGGAUGCUAUACCUAACAAAUUGCUUUACAAAGUUAAAGUGUGGGAAACUGAGAAAAAUAUUGUAACUUAUAAAGGUGAAUGA